GUCUCCACCUUCCAUCCUUACACUCCAUUUCAUUAUAUCUAUCUCUGCACGCAGCAACAAUGGUUCUGUCUAAGACCGCGUCGGAGUCUGAUGAGUCCAUUUACUCGACUUUUGCUUCCAGAUAUGUCCGAACACCACUUCCGAGGUUCAAGAUGCCGGAGAACGCAAUCCCGAAGGAAGCAGCCUAUCAGAUCAUAAACGAUGAGCUGAUGCUGGAUGGGAAUCCUAGGCUCAACCUCGCCUCCUUCGUCACCACCUGGAUGGAGCCCGAAUGCGACAAGCUCAUCAUGGCUGCCAUUAACAAGAACUACGUCGACAUGGACGAGUAUCCGGUUACCACCGAGUUGCAGAAUCGCUGCGUAAACAUGAUUGCACAUCUGUUUAACGCGCCACUGGGAGAAUCUGAGGCAGCAAUCGGAGUGGGGACGGUGGGGUCAUCGGAGGCCAUCAUGCUGGCCGGAUUGGCAUUCAAGAGGAGGUGGCAGAACAAGAGAAAGGCUGAGGGGAAGCCUUACGACAAGCCCAACAUUGUCACUGGGGCCAACGUUCAGGUGUGCUGGGAGAAAUUCGCAAGGUACUUUGAAGUGGAGCUCAAGGAAGUGAAAUUAAGAGAUGGCUACUACGUGAUGGACCCGGUGAAAGCCGUUGAAAUGGUGGAUGAGAACACCAUCUGUGUUGCUGCCAUCCUGGGUUCCACCCUCAACGGAGAAUUUGAAGAUGUAAAGCUCUUGAAUGAUCUCUUGAAGAAGAAGAACAGGAAAACAGGGUGGGAUACGGCCAUUCAUGUGGAUGCCGCCAGCGGUGGCUUCGUUGCACCGUUUCUGUAUCCGGAGUUGGAGUGGGAUUUCCGGUUGCCAUUGGUGAAGAGUAUUAAUGUCAGUGGGCACAAGUAUGGACUGGUAUAUGCCGGCAUUGGUUGGGUGAUUUGGAGAAGCAAAGACGAUUUGCCUGAAGAGCUGAUUUUCCACAUCAAUUAUCUUGGGGCUGAUCAGCCAACCUUCACCCUAAACUUCUCCAAAGGUUCCAGCCAAGUCAUUGCCCAGUACUACCAGCUCAUUCGCUUGGGUUACGAGGGCUACCGGAGUGUGAUGGAGAAUUGCCGGGAGAAUAUGGUGGUGUUGAAAAAAGGGCUGGAGGCAACUGGCCGCUUUAACAUCAUCUCAAAGGACAAUGGAGUGCCCCUGGUGGCCUUUUCUCUUAAGGACAAUAGCAGGCACGAUGAGUUUGAGGUGUCAGAGACACUGCGUCGGUUUGGGUGGAUUGUGCCAGCAUACACCAUGCCGCCGGAUGCCCAGCAUGUGACGGUUCUCCGUGUGGUCAUAAGAGAGGACUUCUCCCGAACACUUGCUGAGCGCCUUGUUAUGGACAUUGUGAGGGUCUUGCAGGAGCUUGAUAACCUACCUGCCAAGGUCAAGGCUAAAAUAUCCAGUGAAGAGAAUGAAAAGACAAGGAAGAAAUUGAGGGAAAUCACCAUGGCCUGGAGGAAGUUUGUGACAGAUAGGAAGAUGAAUGGGGUUUGCUAAUUCCUACAAUAUAAUAACUACAGACAAAACUU